GGCGACAAAGACGCGUCCGCGGACGACGCGCGCGAGGCUCUCGGGCGACGCGAGAGGCGCGCGCGCGAGUCGAACGGUGGCGCGGAGGCGUCGACGAGCGCGCGCGGGAUGAAGACGGCGCGCGCGGUGGUGGUGGGGACGUUGGCGGCGGGGGCGAUCGCGGCGGGCGUCGCGGCGUUCGCGGCGUCGCCGCGCGCGGCGUCGAUGACGGCCGAUCGCGCGUUCGCGUCGCUCGGUGAGCGAGGAAUGGCGAUGUUGGGCUCGAGCGAGGGCGCGGGUCGCGACGCGAGACCGGUGCCGGUGCUGUCGAAACGAUUUCCGGGAUACGCGGCGCCGUUUAGCGGACGUUUCGAACGCAUCGGCGAGUGGCCCGAGCACUGGUUGGUGAAGUGCUCGAAGCACGUGGUGUGCGAGCAAUCACACUUGGGAGCGUUUUUGGGGUCUCGUGACGCGCCCGCGCCGUAUGCUAACCCGCUCGGGCACGGGCUGCCGCGUGGAUACGUGCGGCCAGACCAGGCGCGCAUAAACGAGUUCAUCUCGACGUGGGACAGCAACGCUAGACAGGCGCACGGGGGGGUGUAUGAGCUGCCGCAAGCUGGCAAGGCUAAAAUGGUCGCGAUGGCGCAUAAUUCUGCGUACUUUUACAACUUUGUGCACGUGCCAAAGGCGGGCGGGUCGUAUUUUUCCAUCACCGUCUUGAUGGAAGCCCUGGAGCGCAGCGGUGAGCAUCACGGGUAUCCGUACAAACUCACGCACGAGCCCGUAUCGCACUGGAUCACGCUUCCACAGGUGGAUCUUACGCAGACAAACGUGAAGGAGACGUAUACACAUUUCCAGGAAGGGAAGCCGGAGGGCAUUUUUGGACCCGAAAAUACCAAACAAAUGUAUAAAGAAGGCAAGCGGAUGUUCGGAAAGGGCCAGUUCGGCAUGGGACUGUGCGGAGUUAUUCACGCACCGUGCGUGUACUUGACUGUGUUGCGCGAUCCGGUGGAACGUUACUUGAGUCAUUACAAGUACUCGUGCUUGGCCGGGUCUGAGGGCGCCGCGCAGUGGUUACCCGAGUGGAAAGAACUCGACCGUUGCCCGUUGGAUCCGAUCGAGUUCAUGGACUACCUCGGACCAAACCUGGACUGGACGAUCGAGCUCGCCCCUGGCGCGAAGAACGCGCAAGAGCGCAUGGAGACAGCCAAAAGAAAUCUCGACAGUAACUGCUUGCGAUACCUCAUACUCGAGAAGUACGAAGACGGGUUGGAUAAACUCGGCGCGACGUACGCCGAUUUCUUAUUUUUGAACAAAGAGCCCGCGAAAGAAAGGCACAAAAAAAAAAACGAAAAGGCCAAAAACGCCGGGCACGGCGUGAGCGAAGGCGAGCAAGACAGGUUUGACAUCUACAUGAAGAACCAAACCAUCGUCGACGCCAUCGCCGCGCGUCACGCAAAGAUGAAGGAAGUGUACGACUACGCGGUCGCCAAAUACGAAGCCAACUGGGCGCGCGCGCCGGGGAGCUGCUAAUCAGAUCCCAAAAUUAGAACCAUAACUGUAACAUCAACGCGCAUCAACGCGCAUCA